UAGCUGGCUGGAGGCCUGUCGGGUGGGGAAGCAGAGGGGUGGGGAUCUGGGGUGGGCUGCGCCCCUUGGCUCUGACCCAGUCCACGCUCUGGCCCGCAGGAAGCAGAAGCUGUCAGCUCAUUCACUCCCCUUUCAGGACAGGGAGAGAAUAAAAGCUCUCUGGUCCCGUCAGCUUCAAAAAGCCACUAGAGCCUCCUGGUCAGCUUGCGGGCCGCUCCCUUCCCAUGCCUGGACCAUGCUCCGGGGAGUCUUUCUGUGCGGCCACAGGCGAGGACUGGAUAUCUGCAGCUGAGAGCUAAAACUUUUAAAACUUUUCUUCUCCCCAACAACUGAACCAUGCCAUGUGCUCGGGGGAGCUGGCUGGCCAAGCUCUCGAUCGUGGCUCAGCUUAUUAAUUUUGGGGCUUUUUGCCACGGGAGACAAACUCAGCACUGGCCGUUUCGCUUCCCAGACCCGAGGCAAGAACAUUUUAUCAAGUCUCUGCCAGAAUACCACAUAGUGAGUCCAGUCCAAGUCGAUGCUGGUGGCCAUGUUCUGUCCUAUGGCUUGCAUCACCCUGUCACUAGCAGCAGGAAGAAGAGAGAUGCAGGUGGUUCUGGGGACCAGCUGUACUACAGAAUUUUGCAUGAAGAAAAAGACCUGUUUUUCAAUCUGACAGUCAACUGGGAAUUUCUUUCCAACGGCUAUGUCAUGGAGAAGAGAUAUGGGAACCUUUCCCAUGUUAAGAUGGUGGCUUCCUCAGGCCAGCCCUGCCAUCUCAGGGGCACAGUUCUGCAGCAGGGCACCACGGUCGGAAUUGGGACAGCAGCUCUCAGUGCCUGCCAAGGACUGACUGGAUUUUUCCAUCUACCACAUGGAGACUUUUUCAUCGAGCCUGUUAAAAAGCAUCCACUGACCGAGGAAGGGUCCUACCCUCAUGUUGUAUACAGGAGACAGAGCAUCAGAGCUCCAGAGACAAAGGAGCCCACCUGUGGAUUAAAGGACAGUCUUGAUAACUCUGUGAAGCAAGAGCUACAGCGGGAGAAGUGGGAGAGGAAAAACUUGCGGAGCAGAAGCCUCUCCCGACGUUCCAUAAGCAAGGAGAGAUGGGUGGAGACCCUCGUGGUGGCCGACACGAAGAUGGUAGAGUACCACGGAAGCGAGAACGUGGAGUCGUACAUCCUCACUAUCAUGAAUAUGGUUACUGGGUUGUUUCAUAGCCCAAGCAUUGGCAAUCUAGUCCACAUUGUUGUGGUUCGGCUCAUUCUACUUGAAGAAGAGGAGCAAGGAUUGAAAAUAGUGCAUCAUGCAGAGAAGACACUGUCCAGUUUCUGCAAGUGGCAGAAAAGCAUCAAUCCCAAGAGUGACCUCAACCCUGUCCAUCAUGAUGUGGCUGUCCUUAUCACCAGAAAAGACAUCUGUGCUGGUGUCAAUCGCCCUUGUGAGACUCUGGGGCUGUCCCAAUUGUCAGGAAUGUGCCAGCCUCACAGGAGCUGUAACAUCAAUGAAGACUCUGGCCUCCCCCUGGCUUUCACCAUUGCACAUGAACUUGGUCACAGUUUCGGCAUCCAGCAUGAUGGAAAGGAAAAUGACUGUGAGCCCGUGGGCAGGCACCCAUACAUCAUGUCCCAACAGAUUCAGUAUGACCCGACUCCACUGACAUGGUCGAAAUGCAGCAAGGAGUACAUCACUCGCUUCUUGGACCGAGGCAGGGGGUUCUGUCUUGAUGAUAUCCCCAGAAAGAAAGGUUUGAAGUCCAACGUCAUUGCUCCUGGAGUAAUUUACGAUGUUCAUCACCAGUGCCAGCUCCAAUAUGGCCCAAAUGCUACAUUCUGCCAGGAAGUGGAAAAUGUUUGCCAGACACUGUGGUGCUCGGUGAAAGGCUUCUGUCGCUCUAAGCUGGAUGCUGCUGCAGACGGGACUCGUUGCGGUGAGAAGAAGUGGUGUAUGGCUGGAAAGUGUAUCACAGUGGGGAAGAAACCAGAGAGCAUCCCUGGAGGCUGGGGACGCUGGUCACCCUGGUCGCACUGUUCUAGAACAUGUGGGGCAGGAGCUCAGAGCGCAGAGAGGCUCUGCAACAACCCAGAACCAAAAUUUGGAGGGAAAUACUGCACCGGAGAAAGAAAACGCUAUCGCUUAUGCAAUGUCCACCCCUGCCGCUCAGAAACUCCAACUUUCCGGCAGAUGCAGUGCAGUGAAUUUGACACAGUCCCCUACAAAAACCAAUUCUACCGCUGGUUCCCAGUGUUUAAUGCAGGUUACGUUGACAUCGGACUUAUUCCCAAAGGUGCGAGGGAUAUAAGGGUGAUGGAAAUCAAGGCAGCUGGCAAUUUCCUGGCCAUUAGGAGUGAAGAUCCAGAAAAAUACUACCUCAACGGAGGGUUCAUUAUCCAGUGGAAUGGAAACUAUAAACUGGCAGGGACCGUUUUCCAGUAUGACAGGAAAGGAGAUCUGGAGAAACUUAUAGCUCCAGGCCCCACCAACGAGUCAGUGUGGCUCCAGCUACUAUUCCAGGUGACUAACCCUGGUAUCAAGUAUGAGUACACAGUCCGGAAAGAUGGCCUUGACAAUGACGUGGAGAAGUUGCUGUACUUCUGGCAAUUUGGCCGCUGGACAGAAUGCAGUGUAACGUGUGGAACAGGUAUCCGCCGGCAGGCUGCUCAUUGUGUCAAGAAGGGCCAUGGUAUAGUGAAAACGACCUUCUGUAACCCAGAAACACAGCCCAGCUCGAGACAGAAGACGUGCCAUGAAAAGGACUGUCCACCCAGGUGGUGGGCAGGGGAGUGGGAAGCGUGUUCAACAACAUGUGGGCCCUAUGGAGAAAAAAAGAGAACCGUGCUGUGCAUCCAGACCAUGGGCUCUGAUGAACAGGCUCUCCCUGCUACAGACUGCCAGCACCUGCUGAAGCCCAAAGCACUGGUUUCCUGCAACAGAGAUAUUCUGUGUCCAUCAGACUGGACAGUAGGCAACUGGAGUGAGUGCUCUGUUUCCUGUGGUGGUGGAGUGCGGAUUCGCAGUGUCACAUGUGCCAAGAACCUUAAUGAGCCUUGUGACAAGACCCGGAAACCCAACAGUCGAGCUCUGUGUGGCCUCCAGCAGUGCCCAUUUAGCCGUAGAGUUCUGAAACCCAAUAAAGAUAUAGCUCCCAGUGGGAAAAAUCAAACAACAUCAGAACAUGACCCCUUCAAGCCCAUCCCAGCACCAACAUCCAGGCCCACGCCACUGUCCACAACCACAGUGCCUGAGUCUAUGAGCACAAGUACUCCCACAAUCAACAGCCUUGGCUCCACCAUAGCAUCCCAAGAAGACCCAAAUGGGAUAGGAUGGCAGAAUAAUUCAACCCAAGCUGAAGAGGGCUCCCACUUCCCUCCUUCUUCUGGAAGCCCUUCCCAGGUCCCCGUGACUUCCUGGUCUUUGAGUAUCCAACCUGAUGAUGAGCAUGUUUCCAGCUCAGCUCUAGGUCCUACUUCAGAACGUGACUUUUGGGCAACCACAAGUGAUUCUGGCUUAUCAUCUAGCGAUGCUACGACUUGGCAGGUAACUCCAUUUUAUAGCACCAUGACCACAGAUCCAGAAGUGGAGAUACAUAGUGGUUCAGGGGAAGACAGUGACCAGCCUUUGAACAAGGACGAAAGCAACUCUGUGAUAUGGAACAAGAUCGGAGUACCUGAACAUGAUGCUCCCAUGGAGACGGAUGCAGAACUACCACUUGGACCUCCACCAACAUCUUAUACGGGGGAAGAGCCCUCAUGGCCUCCCUUCAAUACAAUAAUGGAAGGCUCAUUUCCUUCCUGGUCCUUCAAAAAUGAGACACCCAGGGAUGAUGGGAUGAUCACUGAAAAAUCAAGGAAGAUUCCACUCCCUCUUGCAGGAGACCACCAUCCAGCAACCUCAGAGAAGUUAGGAAACCAUGACAAAUUGGCAUUGCCAAAUACUACAAAUCCAACCCAAGGCUUUGGGCCUGUCCUGACUGAAGAAGAUGCCUCCAGUCUGAUUGCCGAGGGGUUUUUGCUAAAUGCUUCUGAUUACAAGCAUCUUAUGAAGGACCACAGCCCUGCAUACUGGAUUGUUGGAAACUGGAGUAAAUGCUCCACUACCUGUGGGCUGGGGGCCUACUGGAGGAGUGUGGAGUGCAGCUCUGGGGUGGACGCUGACUGCACAACCAUUCAGAGGCCAGACCCUGCUAAGAAGUGCCACCUCCGCCCCUGUGCUGGCUGGCGAGUGGGAAACUGGAGCAAGUGCUCCCGAAAUUGCAGUGGAGGCUUCAAGAUUCGUGAGGUUCAGUGCAUGGACAGCCUGGACCACCACCGGAGCCUGAGGCCGUUUCACUGUCAAUUCCUAGCUGGCGCUCCUCCUCCACUGAGUAUGAGCUGUAAUCUGGAGCCUUGUGAAGAAUGGCAAGUGGAGCCCUGGAGCCAGUGUUCUAGGUCCUGUGGAGGAGGUGUUCAGGAGAGAGGAGUGUCUUGUCCUGGAGGCCUCUGUGACUGGACAAAAAGGCCUGCAACCACUGUGCCCUGCAACAGACACCUUUGCUGUCACUGGGCCACUGGGAACUGGGAGCUGUGUAACGCUUCCUGUGGUGGUGGCUCUCAGAAGAGAACCAUCCAUUGCAUCCCCUCAGAAAACAGUACAACUGAAGAUCAAGACCAGUGCCUCUGUGACCAUCAAGUCAAACCCCCAGAAUUCCAAACAUGCAACCAGCAAGCCUGCAGGAAGAGUGCUGAUUUAACUUGCAUGAAGGACAGACUUUCAAUCAGCUUCUGCCAGACACUGAAAUCCAUGAGGAAGUGCUCUGUGCCAUCAGUGCGAGCCCAGUGCUGUCUCUCGUGUCCACAGGCGCCCAGCAUCCACACCCAGAGGCAAAGAAAACAGCAGCUGCUCCAAAAUCAUGACACGCUCUAGGUUCAUGGGCCUCUACAGCCUGAUACCCAAGAACAUGGUCCAGACAGUCACUUCACUAAUAUUUUACUUUACACACUCUAGGUUCAACUUUGGGUCAUAACAAAACAAAAUGCAAUGUGUGUGUCCAGCCACAAAAUGUUCCUCACAGAAAGCUCGGGGCUGGCUGGUCCCUGAUAGGAAGACAAACUAUUUGAGAGAAUGCUGCAGCAGUUGAGAUGAGUUCCUGGGGAAAGUGCCAGAUUAUGCAAGUCUGUGAAAAUAUGUCUUUUCCCCUUUAAAGAUACAAGUACAGACCAGAUUUUAUUUUU